UUCCGGAAGCUUUACAUGGUAACUGUGGCUGGACUGACGCCGUCGGUACGAAGUGGGCAAGUCAGCGAGUCUGCUAGAGCAGCGGUUUCCGGGCUACAAAUCCAGCAGUAAAUAUGGCGGAGGAUCUACUGGAAGUGGUGGAGAAACUCCAGUCAAGGCUCACGGAAAACCAAGAGCCUCGGAAGCUGCUGAAGACUCUGAAGAGGUUGGAGGGAUUGCCUAUGACGAUAGAUAUAUUGGUGGAGACCGGGGUCGGCAAAUCCGUGAACUCCUUGAGGAAACAUGAAACUGUGGGACCAAUGGCCAAGACCCUGGUGGCUAGAUGGAAGAUGUUGGUUCCGCAGCCUGUGGAGAGACCACCCGCCGGCAAGGAGGCAAGGGGUCACACACGGGGAGGUGAGAGCGGGGGCCGCAAGCGGCACCGAGAGCCGUCUCCGGAGCAACCACAGUACGAGGAUGAGCAUCAGGAUGAGGAAAUGCUGGAUCACCAGCAGCAAGAGGAAGAGGAGGAGGAGGAGGAGGGAGGCUCGCAGUAUCACACUGGCUCCCCCUCGUCGCCUCUACAUCACCAGUACAGCCCCCAGCGCGUGCACCGCGGGCACCAUUCAGAUGGCUAUGAGAGCCCCCACGCGGAGGAGGAGGCUCUGACCCCCCCACCUCGCAAAGAGGUCCGGCACUCGAAGCAGCACAAGGAGCCAGGCAGGGCCCAGAGCUCUCGCGGCGACCGGCGGCCAGAGCGCCGGCAUCAGCACGGCCAGAAGGGCGGCGCCGAGGGGAAGAAGCGCAGCGCGGAGGGCGACCGGCGGCCUGGGGCCACACACAAGUCCUCCAAACACGGUGUCAGGGACAUGAAGAAGGAGAAGAGAGCGGCAAGCGAGGCCCCGUCGCAGGACCGUCGGCCUUCCCCAGAAGUGCCACGGGGUGGCGACGAAGAGGAGGCAUACGAGGCCCCGACCAUGUCCUUCGAGUCGUUCUUGACGUACGACGACCCCACACCGAGCAAGAAGAAGAAGAAGCCCUCCCGUCCUGGGCACACCGCUGCCCCCCCCGCUGCACACGCCACGCCCCCCAAACCAAGCAAGACCAACGGGAUGAGCACAAAACGUCCUGAUCCGCCAGCCGAACCCACCCCCACGCCGCCCACCCCAGAGAGACGCCGGAAGGUUAUCGACGUGGUUCCCGCUCUCCCCGAAAUCCCGCUGCCGGCCAUCCAGCCCAACUACCGCCCCCUGCCGUCCAUCGAGGUCACCCCGCUCUCCCCCCAGCGGCGGAAAGUUCCAGUAUCAUGUGAUGAGGAAGAUGCGGGCUUCACUGGCCGGCGCCUUAACACCAAGAUGUCGGUGUAUUCCGGCGCAAAGACGACCUUCCUGCCAAAGAUGAUAAGCCUGUAUGAGCAGUGCAUCCGAGUUCUACAGAACAACAUUGACUCAAUUGACGAGGUGGGGGGUGUGCCCUACGAGAUUCUAGAGCCUGUUCUGGAGAGAUGCACUCCUGAACAACUGUACCGCAUCGAGCAGUGUAACCAGUGCUUCAUGGAGGAGACGGAUGAGCUGUGGAUGCGGCACUGCCAGCGCGACUUCAAGCACGGGAGCCCGCAGGAAUACGAGUCCUGGCGUGAGAUGUACCUGCGUCUGCACGACGAGCGCGAGGAACGCCUGCGCAUGCUCACGCAGAACAUCAGCUCCGCCCACGCCAACCGGCCCAAAGGCCGGCAGGUGAAGAUGGCGUUCGUGAACUCCGUGGCGAAGCCCCCCCGUGAUGUGCGCCGCCGACAGGAGAAGUUCGGCACUACAAGCGGCGGAGGGGCGUCUGGCUCCGGCAACAGUGCAGCAGUUGGCAUGUCUGCCCCAGCUCAAAUGCGGACAGCUACCCUCUGCAGCUCCCAGCCUGGUGACUCCGGCGGACCUGCCGAGAUCAGUCUCCCCCCACCUCCCCGCUUCUCCACUGGGGGGCAUAGCAGUUCGGGGAGUGCCCACAGCGCUAGAGACAAGCCACAAGUCAAGAAGAUUGCCCCCAUGAUGGCCAAAACUAUCAAAGCUUUCAAGAACAGGUUCUCUCGCCGAUAGAGGAGGGAUCAACAUGAGAGAGAGAGAGAGAGAGAGAGAGAGAGAGGAGGUGGAGAAAGAGUGGAUCCCGGCGGCGCCCAGACUCUUUCCCUUUUAAAUUUUAAAAUGAAAAGCGACACAGGAGAUGAGCAGUAUGCUGCUUUUACAGACGCCCCCGCCUUCCUGUGGAACAUCGUGUCCUGCCUAGUCACACGGGCACCACACACACACAGACACACACACGCACACACAGACAGACAUACACACACAUACACACACCGCAUUCACUCAUGGGCGCAUUUCAGAUGAAACACAAACCCGCUCGGAUCGGCCGCUAUUGGGCAGGUUUGUACCGUUUUGCCAUGUGCUUCACCUCACUUCACCAUGGUGAAAAUCACCCGGGUGUCUCUGUGUCUCAGAGUCCAUUGUGAACCGAGUAAGAGGGAGUGUUAGUGAAAAAUGAAUAGGAAUAGAUGGAGAAAAGUAUGGUAAGGAGGAUUGGGGGCGGGAGGGUAGGCAUGGGAGUGAGGUGAC